AUCUACACUCUUUCCCUACACGACGCUCUUCCGAUCUCUUUUGCGACUCUUGUGGCGACUUAUGAAUCAGGUUUCAUGCUGAUUUUAGAACCUUUUGAGAAUGAUACCAUUCCAAAUCCAAUUUUACAUUAUGCGUGCCUCGAUGCUUCAAUAGCUAUCAAGCCAAUAUUUAAGAGGUUCAAAACCGUUGUUAUAACAUCUGGAACAUUAUCGCCACUUGACAUGUAUCCAAAAAUGCUAAAUUUUCAGGCAGCUGUGCAAGAAAGCUAUUCAAUGACUUUAACAAGGAAUUGUUUCCUGCCAUUGGUUUGUGACAUGGGUAGCGAUCAAGUAGCUAUUAGUUCUAAAUUUGAAGUUCGUAAUGAUCCGGCAGUAGUACGAAAUUUUGGGCAAAUUCUCGUUGAAUUUUCUAAGAUUGUGCCAGAUGGAAUCGUUGCAUUCUUCCCAAGCUAUUUAUACAUGGAGUCAAUAGUAGCUAUGUGGAAUGAUAUGGGCAUAUUAAAUGAAGCAUGGAAGCACAAGCUAAUAUUUGUCGAAACGCCAGAUGCUGCAGAAACAAGUUUAGCUUUGGAGAACUACAGAAAGGCAUGUGACAAUGGACGUGGCGCCAUCUUACUAUCAGUUGCUCGUGGGAAAGUUUCAGAAGGUAUUGAUUUUGAUCAUAAUUAUGGGCGUGCCGUGAUUAUGUUUGGUGUACCAUAUCAAUAUACAGAGAGUCGGAUUUUGAAAGCGCGCCUUGAGUUUUUGAGAGAAAAUUACAGAAUACGCGAAAGCGAUUUUUUAACAUUCGACGCAAUGCGUCAUGCAGCUCAAUGCGUUGGGAGAGUUUUAAGAGGAAAAACUGAUUAUGGACUAAUGAUAUUUUCUGAUAAGAGAUUCGCAAGGGCAGAUAAACGUAAUAAAUUACCCAGGUGGUUAAACCAAUUUAUCACGGAUGCUUGUACAAAUUUAUCGACGGAUAUGGCUUUGGUAACAGCAAAAAAAUUUUUGAGAACGAUGGCUCAACCGUUUGAACGUGAUCAAUUGGGUGUAUGGUCGGUUGAAGAUGUAGAGAGACAAGAACGGAGCAAUGUUGGUGCUGGUGGGAGGGUUGCACAAUUUAACUAA